AAAAACAAACCAGUACAGACAGUACAGAGAGAGAGAGAGAUGAAGAGGAACCAAACUGGUUUCUAUUGUUCAUUGUACAGCCACCUUCUCUUUCCUGUACAGAUAUGAAGAGGGCAGAAAGGAAGCAAGGGAAAAAAGAAGCCCAGAAAAACUAGGCAGAGAGAAUAAGAUUGCUUAUGGGUCUUGGUUUGAAGAUGCAAAGCCACCACCCUGUGGCUCAGAUGAGGUUGCAUGAACAAACGGGGAGCAAAAGAAAAUACACUUUCAUUCAGGCACAUAGAGCUUGGCUUCCAAAGUUUCUGCUGCUAUGGAUCUUGCUGAUGGCUCUAAUUGGUUGGUGCAUCUACAGUAGAAUGGAUGCUGACACCAAAAUCAGAAGGAAAGAGGUUCUGGGUAGCCUCUGUGAUCAAAGGGCAAGAAUGUUGCAAGAUCAAUUCAGUGUUAGUGUCAACCAUGUCCAUGCCCUUGCUAUUCUUGUAUCAACCUUCCAUUACUACAGAAACCCUUCUGCCAUUGACCAGGAAACCUUUGCAGAAUAUACAGCCAGGACAGCAUUUGAACGGCCAUUACUGAGUGGGGUGGCAUAUGCACAAAGAGUGGUUAACUCGGAGAGAGAAAUAUUUGAGAAGCAACAUGGAUGGGUUAUAAAGACAAUGGAAAGAGAGCCUUCACUGGUUAGAGAUGAGUAUGCACCGGUUAUAUUUGCUCAAGAAACUCUCUCUCACCUUGAAUCUCUUGAUAUGAUGUCCGGGGAGGAGGACCGAGAGAACAUUUUGAGGGCAAGGGCCACAGGGAAAGCCGUUCUGACUAGCCCUUUCAGGCUUUUGGGUUCUCAUCAUCUUGGUGUGGUUUUAACAUUUCCUGUUUACAAAUCUAUGCUCCCUCCAAAGCCAACAACGGAAGAGCUCAUUAAAGCAACAGCAGGAUAUGUUGGAGGAUCCUUUGAUGUUGAGUCCCUCGUGGAGAAUUUACUUGGUCAACUUGCUGGUAACCAAGCAAUUUUGGUGAACGUAUAUGAUGUCACAAACUCUACUAACCCCCUAAUCAUGUAUGGCAACCAAUAUGAAGAAGGUGAUAUGUCUCUUGUCCAUGAAAGUAAGCUUGAUUUUGGAGAUCCAUACAGGAAACAUAAAAUGAUAUGUAGGUAUCACCAGAAGGCACCAACAAAUUGGAUAGCACUUACCACAGCAUUCCUAUUCUUUGUGAUUCUUUUAUUAGUGGGUUACAUUUUAUAUGGUGCUGGAAAUCAUAUUGUCAAAGUAGAGGAUGAUUUCCAUAAAAUGGAGGUAUUAAAAGUCCAAGCAGAAGCAGCUGAUGUUGCCAAAUCACAGUUUCUAGCUACUGUCUCUCAUGAAAUUAGAACACCCAUGAAUGGCAUUCUAGGAAUGCUUGGUCUGCUUCUACAUACUGAAUUGAGUUCAACCCAACGAGAUUAUGCUCAGACUGCUCAAGCAUGUGGGAAGGCUCUGAUAGCAUUAAUAAAUGAGGUUCUUGACCGAGCUAAAAUUGAAGCUGGCAAGUUAGAACUGGAAGUAGUUCCAUUUGACCUUCGUUCCAUACUUGAUGAUGUCCUUUCUCUUUUUUCUGAGAAAUCUAGACACAAAGGUUUAGAGCUGGCAGUUUUUGUUUCUGAUAAAGUUCCAGGUAUUGUUAUGGGAGAUCCUGGAAGAUUCAGACAAAUAGUAACAAAUCUUGUUGGCAACUCUGUUAAAUUCACUGAACGAGGACAUAUAUUUGUUAAAGUCCAUCUAGCUGAAAAUAUAAAGUCCACAGUGAAUGGAAAAUUUGAGACUUAUCGUAAUGGAGGAUCGGAUGAACAUGUGCAUAUAUCUGGUGGUUAUAAUAACAAAACCCUAAGUGGAUGUGAAGCCGCUGAUGAACGGAACAGCUGGGAUAAUUUUAAGCAUCUAAUUGCCGAUGAAGAAUUUUUCUUUGAUGCUUCAAUUGAAAAGGUGGCCUCUGGUGAAUCUUAUGAGCAAGUCACCUUGAUGGUCUGUGUGGAGGACACUGGAAUUGGAAUUCCUUGCUCAGCCCAAGGUAGGAUUUUCAUGCCUUUUGUGCAAGCAGACAGCUCGACCUCUCGACACUAUGGUGGUACUGGCAUUGGCUUGAGUAUCAGUAAGUGCUUGGUUGAACUAAUGGGUGGUCAGAUAAACUUCAUAAGCCGACCCCAAGUUGGGAGCACAUUUUCAUUUACUGCAGAUUUUGGAUCUUAUAAGAAAAAUUCGGUAACUGAUGUGAAGAAACUUAAUUUGGAAGAUCUGCCUUCAAGUUUUAGAGGACUUAAAGCCAUAGUAGUUGAUGGAAAACCUGUUAGAGCAGCUGUGACUAGAUACCAUUUGAAGAGACUGGGGAUACAAGCUAAAGUUGCAAAUAGCAUAAAUAAGGCUGUUUCUUUAUGUGGGAAAAAUGGUUCUUUGACCUCAGGAUUAUUUCAGCCAGAUAUUAUUUUUGUUGAGAAGGAUUCAUGGGUUUCCGGAGAGGAUGGGUACUACAAUGUGUGGCAACUGGACUGGAAACAGAAUGGGCAUAUGUUUAAGAUGCCUCAAAUGAUCCUUCUUGCGACCAAUAUCAGCAAUGCUGAAUUUGAUAAAGCUAAAAGCGCAGGUUUUAGUGACACAGUGAUUAUGAAGCCUCUGAGAGCUAGUAUGGUGGCUGCUUGUCUUCAACAAGUUCUGGGGACGGGGAAGAAGAGGCAGCUAGGGAAAGACAUGUCUAAUGGUUCCACUUUUGUACGAAGCCUUCUUUGUGGAAAGAUCAUCUUAGUGGUUGAUGAUAAUGCAGUAAAUCGGAGGGUUGCUGCAGGUGCUUUAAAAAAUUUUGGAGCUGAUGUGAAGUGUGCAGAAAGUGGCAAAGCUGCUCUUGAAAUGCUUCAAUUGCCCCACGAUUUUGAUGCUUGCUUCAUGGAUAUUCAAAUGCCAGAAAUGGACGGGUUUGAAGCAACUCGACGAAUUAGGAUGAUGGAGAGCGAGGCAAAUGAGGAGAUGAAUAGUGAAUGGGGUGAAGGAAAUGGCAGGAAAAGUGAGUUCCAUGUACCUAUAUUGGCCAUGACAGCUGAUGUAAUCCAUGCUACAUACGAUGAGUGCUUGAAAUGUGGGAUGGAUGGAUAUGUCUCAAAGCCUUUUGAGGAAGAGAAUCUCUAUCAAGCACUUGCAAAGUUUUUCAAGUCCAAGCCUAUCUCAGACUCUUGACAGAAGAAUGCUGCUUCUGCGCACAACUUCAUUGGAACUGGCAUUUUUUCAUAUUUUGCUGGGUAAUUAAUGCUUUCAUGCAGCAGACAGCAACAGCUGAUUUCCAAGAUACUUGACGAUUCUUGAUGCACUGAUGAUUUCUAACCAGCUCAAGUUUGACCGGACACGAUUUGAAUCUGAGUAAAAUUUAUACCUCAUAACUCUCUCCAUCCCCAACUUGUGUACAGAUUCUCUUAAGGGAUGACGAAAAUUAUGUAAAUUCAAUAUUUUUCUUUUGCAUUUCAAUACUU